AGGAACCAUCACUGUGUCACCUGAGACAUGUCUUUGAGAUACCUGGGAUAUGAUACUAAGUCUGUGUGCUGGUUACUAACAGGAACAGAGAUGAAGAUGCACAGGCACCUGCCUCUCCAUAACGUGAAAAGGUUGGGAGGAGAGAGCUGUUCGUUCUCUGCUGUGACCUCUGCCUGGCCUUGAGUUGGCCUAGUUUUGCGAUGCCUUUUUCUUUUUGCUUAUAGCAGGAUGAUUCAAGAAUAAUUAUUAAGCUUUUGGUUUGAUGUGCUAGGUGAAUGGAGAUGUCGUUUGCUGAGAUGAGACUCUUAAAAAGAAUCAACAUUGGUAAGGCAAUAUGAAGCUGACCCUCGUGCAGAUCCUUUUCAUCAUGCUUCUGCUGCUGCUGGGCCUGGGCUUGGGCCUAGGGCUGGGGCUCCACAUGGCUGCAGCAGUCCUGGAGGACAGCGACCAGCCGCUGAAUGAGUUCUGGUCCAGUGACUCACAGGACAAGGCUGAGGCCACUGAGGUGGGAGAGGUCACUCAAACCCCAGAAGCCCUGGUACUCAGCAACAAAGCAGUUGUGCAACCCGAAUGGCCGGAAGAGACCAUGCUCAGUGAAGACGAGGCUGGGGGGCACCGGGCUCUCAGAGCAGAGGCCCUCUUUCGGAGCUACAGGGACUAUCUGAGGUCUGACCUGAUGGCCAGAGAAUGCAAUGCCAUGAUGGCCCACAAGGUGAAGAAGCAUAAUCACAGCUGCAUACCCGAGUACACAUUCAUACACGAGGACCCAAGCACCGUCCAGGCCGUCUGCAACAGUCCUGCUGUUGCCUGUGAGCUCAAGGGGGCCAAGUGUCACAGAAGCCCUCGGCCUUUUGACUUGACGUUAUGCAAGUUAUCUAAGCCAAACCAAGUCACUCCUAACUGCAAUUAUUUAACUUUCAUUAUGGAAAAGGUCAUUCUUAUGAGCUGUAAGGACAGGAAGCUCCACUUAACGGCUAUACAAUGAAGCUACUUCUCCUGUUCUUUCUCUGCAUCUUGUUCUCUUCUAUUUACUCUCCCCCUACCACUUUAUCUUGUUCUCUUCUCCUUAGAGGUCUUGUGGAGAAGGUCCCAAGAAGAGAAAUCAGAGUAUUCUUUGUCAUUGUCUUCUGAAAAUAAAAUUCUUUGCCUUAGGGGU